AAUCGCUCUUCAUUCCUAUGUUUCCUUGUCAAAUCGUUAUUUUACUCCACCACUUCACAAACAACGUCACAAGAUGGCAUCUCCAAUUUUCAUACUGGAAACAACCUCCCUCAACGCCAUUCGAUCCCUCCCCUCAGACAUCUAUCUCGUCCACGCAACAAACUGCAUCGCCGAGUGGGGCGCUGGAAUCGCUGCUGAACUUGCGACUGUAUUUCCAGCUGCUUGCAAAGAAUACAAAAAGUUCUGUAACGCGACCAUACCUGGCGCGUCAAGAUGGCCAUCACAAAGUCUUGCGGGGAAAUGCUACAUUAUUUCGCCUCAAGCGUCAGACACGGCGAGGGGAGCUCCAAGGAUACAUAUAGUGUGUUUAUUCACUAGUUAUGGGUAUGGGAGAGCGAAUCCGAGGACAGGAAAGCCGGGGAAGGAUGGUGCGGGAAAGAUUUUGGCGCAGACGAGGGCGGCGUUGAAGGAGAUGAGAGCGCAGUUGGAGGCGGGACGGGAACAGGAAUCUGAUGUUACGCCGGUGAUUUACUCCCCCAUGUUUAACUCAGGAGCGUUCAAGGUACCAUGGGAGAGUACGUCGCGACUUAUCGAGGAGGAGUUCAAGGGGUUUGAGAGCCGGUGGUUGAUAAUGGCGCCUCCAUAAGAUCAUGAUGGUGGUUGUGUUUCGGCUCGUUUAGCUAGAUAUGCGCCUCAUUUAUAUAGGGAAUAAAUAGUUCCAAGAUCAGACUUCAUUCAAGCUAAACUUAGCCAAAAUUGGUCUCAUU